AUGGGCGGUGUCACGGUCAGGGACGUUGAGGCGUCCAAGUUCAUCAAUGCCUACGCCGACUUCUUGAAGCGCCAGGGCCGUCUUCCCAUCCCAGCCUGGACUGAUAUCGCGAAGACUUCGCACGCCAAGGAGCUCCCUCCCCAGAGCAUCGACUGGUACUACAUCCGCGCUGCCGCUGUCGCCCGCCACAUCUACCUCCGCAAGACCGUCGGUGUCGGCCGUCUCCGCAAGGUUCACGGUGGCACCAAGAACCGUGGCUCGCGCCCCAGCCACCACGUCGACGCCUCCGGCUCCGUCGACCGCAAGGUCCUCCAGUCCCUCGAGAAGAUUGGUGUCCUUGAGCAGGAUGAGGAGAAGGGUGGCCGCCGCAUCACCCAGUCCGGCCAGCGUGACUUGGACCGCAUUGCCAUGAGCACUGUCGAGGCCGAGGAGGAUGACGAGUAA